UGUCUUCACAUGGACAGUAAUGAUCAUUGGUUUUGCCCAAACUGAGAAAGAAGAGAAGCCUAUCAAAUUCUUAAAUUCAAUGCAGCAAGAAGGAGUAAGGCCCAAUGAGUUCACUAUUGCUGGCUGUUUAGGUGGUUGUUCCCAGAUAACUGCUAGUGAAAGUGGGAGGCAACUUCACUCUAUGGCACUUAAGAGUGGACUUCUUCCUGAUAUGUUUGUUUCUGGUGCACUUGUCAUUAUGUAUGCAAAAUGUGGCUGCAUAGAAGAUGCUGAGACUAUUUUCAAGGAACUGGUUCGGCAUGAUAAAGUCCUAUGGAACACUAUACGUGGAUUCUCUCUGCACAGUCAGGGUGAUAAGGCCCUAGAGACCUUUCAGAAAAUGAAAGAUGAGAGCAACUUACCCGAUGAUGUUACCUUUAUAGGUGUCCUUUUUUCAUGCAGCCACAUGGGUCUUGUUGAAGAAGGAAAACAACACUUCAACUCCAUGAGCAAUGUUUAUGGCGUAACUCCUAGAGAUGAGCAUUAUGUUUGUAUGGUUGACAUUCUCAGCCAUGCAGGAACAUUUGCAGACGUUGAAAGUUUUGUCGAAGCGAUGAAGCUCACGACUAAUGCAUUGGUCUGGGAGAAUGUUCUGGGCGCAUGUGCAAAGCAUGGGAAUGUUGAAUUUGGUGAAAGAGCAGCAAAAAGGCUAUUUGAGCUCAAAUGCGAUACAGACUCUACUUACAUAUUACUUUCAAAUAUUUUUGCUAGCAAAGGUUGGUGGGCAGAGGCCAAAAGAAUAAGGGCCUUGAUGUCCAGCCAUGGUGUUAAAAAGGAACCUGGUUGUAGCUGCGUAGAAAUAAACAAUAAAGUACAUGUCUUUGUGUUGGAUGGGGCACAUCCUCACAUCAGGGAAAUCAAUUUGAAAUUGGAGGAGCUUGGUGAAAAGCUCAAAUUGAUUGGUUAUGUACCACAAAUCGAACAUGUGCUUCAUGAUGUUCCAUACACAGAGAAAGAAGAACAUCUUAAUCACCAUAGUGAGAAGUUGGCUCUUGCCUUUGCCCUUAUGAGCAAUAGCCAUGUGAAAAUGUUGAUAAAUCAAAAUCAUAUUCCUAAUUUAUUUUAUAAAUCUUUUCUGUAAAUAGAAUUAAUUAUAAUAUUCUUUCUAGUUUUAGUUUAGCUUAUUUGUAGGGAUUUUAUGAUUAGAAAUAUUUUUUUAUUUUAAACUAGUAUUUUUUUUAUUUUCUAGUUAUUUUUAUUUCUGUAAUUUUUCCAUAAAGAGAUAAUUUUUUAUACAUUUGAAUAUAAAUAAUAUUCAGACACUUCA